AUGGCAAAACAAUCUUUCGUCUACCUCCACCUAAGGAGCGCUACCUUCGGCCUUGCUGCCACCACUACUAAUGACAUCGUGGCCUUUGAUGUGGACGAUUAUGAAGACAUGGGCUCCCGUAGUAGAUUCGGAUCCAUACCCCUCCUCGUCGAAAAGGCACGCAACGCACAACACACAACAAAGUACAAACCAACCACCAAGGCAGGCAGCAAGCAGACAGAGGGACAGGCAGGAGGGCAACCGAGAGCGGAGGAAGGGAGAGCGAUCAGCGAUGGGCUCCUUCUUCUCGACCUUACUGACGCCCCCUCCGGCCGCCGACGACCCGAACUGCGCCGUGGUGGCCGCCCACCCAAGGCCACCUACGACGAGCAGUGGGCGGCCCACAAGAGCAGCGGCAAGCUGAUGGUGAUCGACUUCUCGGCGUCCUGGUGCGGGCCCUGCCGCUUCAUCGAGCCGGCCUUCAAGGAACUGGCGUCCCGCUUCACCGACGCCAUCUUCGUCAAGAUCGACGUCGACGAGCUCGCGGAGGUCGCAAGGACAUGGAAGGUAGAGGCGAUGCCAACGUUCGUACUAGUCAAGGAUGGGAAGGAGCGGCGGCCUCCCCCGCCCCCGCUGACGUCACAGAGAUGGGCCCCUCUUGUCCCGUCACAUCCACGGGCGAGUCCGCCUCCCGCCCUGCGCCUGCGGGCGCCCGCUUCUCCUCUCCGGGCCUCCGUUCCCCGCGAUUCUUGUGCCGGAGCCACCGUACCGAGGGCGCCGUGUGCGGCGGCGGCAUUAGGUGGUGGUGUGAAGGCGGAGGCCACGGAGCGGAAGGCGCCCGAUUGGGAUGUUCUGAAGCGGGUGGCGCUGCUCGCGCUUGGCUGCUGCGCUGCAGCCGCCGCGCUCGGCUGCGGCGCGGCGCGGGCGGCGGCGGAGGACUCGAUCAAGGCGUCAGGAUUCGGGCUGCGUGUGGCGGAGUCUCUGCGGAGGCUCGGAUGGCCCGAGGAUGCCGUCGUGUUCGCACUCGCGACGCUGCCGGUGAUCGAGCUGCGGGGGGCGAUCCCCGUUGGGUACUGGUUGCGGCUCCAUCCAGUCCGCCUCACCAUCCUAUCCGUUCUUGGUGUUUUAACAGAAAAGGAACAUGGUGCCUGUACCAUUUAUCAUCCUCUACCUGAAAAAACUUGCGAAAUUUCUGUCUCGGAAAAGCGCGUCUGCAACCCGAAUUAUGGACCUCCUCUUUGA